GCCGUGUGCAUCUUUUUAGCACGCAAGAAGCUUCUUUCCACUUGCUUCUUUUGUGUCAUAAAAGAAGAAAAGCCACACAUUGUUGAUGUUAAAGUUAAACCAUAGAAGAAGAAUGGUGCGUGUCUGCGUUGCAUUGAUGUUACAACGUUACGCCUGUUUAUGCUAAACAUCCAUCCAUUUCCUGUAGCGCUUGUCCUCAUUAGGGUUGCGGGUAGGCUGGAGCCUACCCUGGCUGUCUUUUCGGGCGACAGGCAGGGUACACCCUGGGCUGGUCAUUUCUUGAACACAUUUGUCGCUCAGGACAAAAGGUGCCCGCUUCCCAAAAACGGCAGUGGAAAAAAAUAUAUUAUUAUUUUCCACUUUAAACAAGUCUUAAUGCUUUUUGUAUCAACAAAACCCCCCAAAAACUAAGUAUUUGCUUAUUAUUUAUUUAUUUUUACGGCCUGAGAUGGAUCAAUAAUUGUCAAUAAUAUUGAUUUGUACAAACAAACAAAAGAAAACUGACAUUCAAUUUGCUAGUGACAAAAAUGGUCAGUUUCCCAAAAAACUGCUGUAAAAAUAUUAUUUAUUUAUUGGAUUUUUCCUUUAAACGGGUCUAUCUUUUAAAGCUACUUCAGUCUAAAAUAUACACUUCAGAUAAGAAUGACAAUAGGCAUCACUUGUGGGGAAGAAAACCUAAAACUAACUAAAAUCACACACUUUUUAUUUAUUUUUUUUACAUACACCCUAUUAUCCAACAUCAAUAGCAACACAGUAAUGCAGAAAAUGCAGAAAACAGUAAUGCGAAAAAAUGACAGCCAGUAGUCCAAAUUGAAAUUUUAACAUAAAGGCUUGUUGGUGUUAAGUUAAACGUUGGAUCAAAACAACGGGACAUUUGUUGUCAUUAGGAACAAAUGUGUCACUUCUUGUGUAACUCUGCCAUUUUAGGUGAAUUUGGAUUAAAAAAAAAAUUCUCUGGCAAAUUUGGCCUGAGUUCAUUCAACACAGCCAAAAUUAUGACGGAGUAUUAGGGCCACCUUGAAAAAAAUUGGAGCUUUCCAGAAUAGAAGUUGUAAAUUUACAAGAAAAAAGUUGUAAUUUUACAAAAAAAAGUUGUGAAUUUACGAGAAAAGAAGUUUUUCUUUUUCUCCGCUUUUUUGUCUUCUAACGCCUCCAUUUUUCAACCGGUUUAAACCGUUCAAGCAUCAAAUCGUUCAGCUCAAUAGUGUGCUGCCUAUUCCCUGAUUUUUCCAAAAAUUCCACAAAAGUUUGCCCAUUGAAAAUGAACGGAAAUGAUAAAAGAGCAGCAGCUGUGGGUGUGACUAUGGAUGCAGAGCAGGGGUGACAAAAUGGCUUGAAAAUUUAACGAAAACAAACAAACUGAAUGGCACAAAAUCUACAAACGGCAGAAACCUCUUCUUCUUGGAUUGUUUUGAUAGUUGACCAUAGUUUCAAAUGCACUCUACCGACACCUACAGGGCAUGAGCGGAACAGCAACACAACCACACUGCUCGUAACUUAUAAUGAAUAACCAACACAGCCUUCAUGAAGUCGUCAUAGUGAGCUAAAUUGAACUUUCCUACACUUUCUGUCAAAUGAAAUUCACUUUUAAAUGUGUCUUGGACAAGCUUAGAAGACCUGUCAGGCCGUGAGAACAACAACAUCGCCGUAUUAAAAUACUCCUCACUGACAAACAAAUAUGGUUCCCAUGCAUUCACACCAGCCUCUCUGACCACAUCCUUUGAAGGGGGCUUGGGUGGUGUUUUGUCACCACGGUGCCCAAAAGUCCCCCUCCAUCACCUCCCCGCUCCACUAGCAUGUGGGAGAAGUGAUCACGUUAAAAAGUCAACUGACAAGAGAAAUGGGUGGCUUUCGAGGUGGAACAAAAACAGGAAGUGGCCACAGUAAUCUCUGUGCUGUCGGGCGAAGCGAACGCCUCAGCAAAUUUAGGAUUAUAGAGCUCUGUGUGCGUUGACACGCGUGCGCGCCGAGGUCAAGGGGUUACGUUUUUACAAAAGUACUGGGACAGAAUUAAGAGCUCUUUCCUCCUGCUCAUCGUCAUCAUUCCCUACCUCUGAAGCUCAGCUUGUGAAGAAACGUGCCUCACCUUUUGCAGCGUCAUGAUGCUGGAGUACGUCUGUCAUUAUCACCGCUCCGCUAUCAACGUUCUUCUUCUUCUUCUUCUUCUCUUUCUUCUUCUUCUGGCUGCUCCUCAACCAGCUGAAGGCCUGUCCCAGGGUGCUUCCCGACUUCCUGUGCCCACGCUGAGCCCUCACCUCGCGGCCUAUGAUCUCUGUGAUGUCCCUGGGCACCAGAUCGCCCGUAGACCUCCUCCGGGACAUCGUGGAGGCUGGGCCAGGGGAGUCAGUUUAGUGUCCACGCCGUUUCUGACUUUUCUGUCCUUCUUCUGUCCUGCUUUGUCACCACCUGGGACAUCAAUGAGAUGAGCAUGUUGGAAGAGAAACAGAGCAAAGUAAAAGACAUGCACACUUACUUAGCGUGCACUAGCCCACUCUGUAGCUCUUCACGCUCGUGUUUCAGCCUUGUGGAGCGUGUGCCCGUGUGGGACUGAAGUUCCAUCAUUCCCUCCCUCUGUGCAAAAGCCAGCCUCUCCUCUUCCUCCUCCUCCUCCUCCUCCUCCUCCCACUGUCCACCGCUCCAAUCCAGCCUCUUUUUGCACUCCUGGCAAGCCCUACACGCUGCCUUUUAAGCUAUUUUGUGCUAGUUUGUACGCCAGGUUCCCUCAAGGUAAUAAUGCCUGGGUGUCACCACAGAUAAGUUUCAUUUUGUGGUGGACUUGGGACAAGUCACCUAAUGCAGCUGGCUGUGCGUGUGUGUGCGUGUGUGUCAUGGACUUGUGAGACUUGCUCAUCUGGUUUGCAUGUGGACAAGACCCACCGGGGUGAGAGAGAGGGAGGUCCUGCAGAUGAUGGAAAAUUGGACACACAGCAUGCAUACAGUAUAUAAAAUACUAGAAGUGAGACUGGAUAUACUUUAGAGUAGUCAGAGUACAGUUUGUACGGCAGUAUAGAUGUACUAUUCACUGAAAAUGACUCCAUAUGCACCCCCAUUAUUGUAAGAUACUUUAUUCUGCAGACUGUUACAGUGGUGAUACGUGAUGAAUUCUGUACACAUCAGUUUGGAUUAUGCAAAAACGUCUUACUUAAAGAACCUACAAUAAGAACCAAUCAAAUUUCAUGUGGAUUCACAUUACGUUGACUCUGCAGGAUGUUAUUGUCGCAAAAAAUGCAAUUUUCCAGAAGUUUUCAAUGAAUACUGCAUGAAAAAGAGCAAUGCAGGAAUAAGCAACGGGCGUACACAUCGGUGUGGAUCCAAAUCUACAAUGUUUGGCCUUGGUGGAGGUUAGGGCUCUACCGCCUGCCGUUCUGGUUCAUGUUGGAAUGAUAUAGCAAUUUUUUUUGGAGUCACAUUUCAUGAAGUUAGGUGUUUUAAUAAAUCCACGGCGAUUAGAAAAAAAACACAAAACAGUGAAACUUCUAAACAGGAGGGCUUCUAGAGAGCUUCAACCCCUCAUUUUUGGGAAGAAUAUGCCUCAAAAGUUGGCUUUUUUGUGACAUCGCCACAGAAGGGCAAAGAGGAAACGUGUGUUGGUAACCAUAGAACCGGAAAUGGCUCAGUACAAUAACAUGUGGUUUACGUGACAAUCAAAUGAAGUGCAAGUAAUUUUGUUUUUGUUUAGUUUUAUUGAGUCAAGUUGUACAAAAGAUGUUUUUAAACUGUAGGACGGUUUGGAAAGCUAAAAUGUUCCUUAAAACAUUGCCUGGCUUUAUGAUGGUUAUUUGCCAUUGUAUGGUAUGUUCUGUCUGGCAAUGGCAACUAAUUUUGGUUUAUUUUAGUUGUAUUGAGUUGUUUUUUUUUUCAAUUUAUUUUUGGACUUGUAUGGAAGUUUGAAAAAACAAAAUGCUACUUAAAACAUUGCCUGGACAGUUAAUUAAGUUUUUAUGACGACGAACAGAUUAUUUAAAUUCUGAUGACGGAAUAGAUUAUGACAAAUCGUGUUGAUUCGGAAGGUUUUAAGGCUUUGGCAGCCCCCUCCUACAAAUUCUAUGACCUCUGGGACGAGAAAUCCUUAUUGUGUACGGAUGGACCCCCUUUUCUGUAGUAUGACAGCAUUUGAGAUGAGAAAACAUGGCUCGAACGCCUUUCCAACACAUGACAUGAACUAUUUGGGCUGCAGGAAUUCCUGCGAGGGUGUGGCUGUGGCCGAGUUGUUCUGGAUCGGACAAAAACAGGCUGCAGCUUUCCAUCGCUCCCUCUGUUGUCCCUCACUCCCUCUGUCUGCCGAGGAUAAGCGCAUCUGUUUUCCGUCCGUCCCUACAUGAAGCCCUGACGUCAGCGGUGACCCCUACGGAAAGCCGAGGACGCCUGUCAGUUUGUUAUCAAAACAACGGUGUUAAUUAAGAGCACAAGUACAAAGUCGGUCAAGUUGGGAAGCUGUCAAAACUGCUGAUCCUACUUUUUCUUUAACGUGUACAUGUAUUUGUAGCUCCCCCAGUGUUGCCGUGACAACACUGAUGUCAGGGUAUGUUGUUCAUGUGUUUUGGCAAGUCUUGGCUCAGGGUGGGAGGGGGAUUGUAGUUUACAUGACGUUAUGUUCAGGGAUUUUCUGAUCCAACACACUUGCACAAUCACGGGGAUUAGGAGAAGAGCAGUGUGACACUCUCACAUCGACUUUUUCAGGGGGGUUUUGUGGGUCGGGACUCGAUGUCCCACCGAGAGGAGGCCACAAAAGUGUCUGCAUGUCCUCUUCUUUCCUCCCUCUAACUGUCAUCAUCACCCGAAAGAUAUGCUUGGGUCUUUCUGAGGACACACCCGUGGUCACAAUUGUGGUGUUUUAAACAGCUUAGAAAGGGUGGUCCCCACAAGUGACACUUGUUCCUCAUAUAACUUGAAACCCAGUCAGACUUUAAACGUUAUGAUGUUGUGUUACAUACAGCAUACAGACGUCCCAUGCCUCAUUGCAUCGAAAACCUGUUUAUGGCUUUACAAAUACUGUUUUUAUCACUAUUAGAGCCCUGGAGACAUGGAAUAACACCCCGUGGUCACCUUUAAAUUUGUAUUAUUCUUUGUUUACACUACAUAGCGCAACUCUUACGUGCAGGCUACGGGAUCACUGCAGGGGCACCAGAGACGGCUGCCAUCGAGCAAUGUUCGAACCACAGAGGGGCGAGGAACCACCGUAUACAUUUUAUAUUUGCAUUUGAAAUUAUAAGCAGGGUUCGUGACACAUGUUAGACAUUUUUACAGUCAAAGAAAAAUAAAUCAAAAUUUGUCUUAUUCAGAUUUUAGGCGCCAAAAGUACUACAUGUGAGGCUGUACUGGAAAAAAAGCAAACCAAUUGAGGCUAUUUUUUUAAGGUGAAAGGUAAACACAAGUAUUUAAAACCUAUUUAAAUCAUACCCUGGACUCCACUUUUCUAGACAUCAAAUGUAUUUUUAUUUUUAAAAUAGCCCUUCUAAAACACGUAUUUCAUGUUUUAUACACACAAUGAAAUGUGCAAGAUGUAUUUCAGAGCACAAAAAAGUUCAUGUAUAAAAGUCAUACAUCUACCAAGGAAUAUGUUUUUAAAAUGUUUUUAUUUCUAACUCAUACAACAAGUCAGACAUUUAUAUAUUUUAAUAUCAUUUCUCAGCUAUACAUUGGAUAUGUUUGUAUUUUUUUUUAUUAAGUUGAAAACACACGUUGCACAGUGUUAGCCACUUUUGUGUCAUUUUCAGCUAAAAUAAUGCCAGUCAGGCAGAUAAAAAUUCUAUUUAACCCAUCAUUUAGCCAGGAUAUGAAUACAUUUUACCAGUACAUACUUGUAUUCUUUAUUUGAAUAAUAUAGAAACAGUUAAUAAAAAAAAUAAAGAUUAUGAUCUAGUGCCAUUUAGUGGACAAAAUGAGAAGUACACCUUUUAAUGGCAACCUGUCAGAAAUGGUUUCUGAACUGCCAUUCCAAAAAGAAAUUGUUGUCAUUACUUUAAAAAGAUUUUGCAGUUGAAGAGCACCUGUCACCUUAACACCUGCUUUGCCUCCUUGUUCCCCCAAGUUACCUCCGUUAGGCUGGGAGGGGUCUUUCAGAAGCACCUGUCCUGCUAUUGUCGGGGUCACAAGUUUAAGGUAAACCAAUCCUCCCAUUGGAAGCAGCCAGAAAAGUACAGGCGAGCUAUUUAAAGACUGCUUGAUAACGAGGAGGCAUGGAUGGAAUCCUGCAGCUUGAUGUCUAUCGUCGUCAUCAACACACAAGCGCACAGAUAACUGGUUUUCUUCUUACGUUUGUGGCGCCCCCUAUGGGUUGUUUUAAAAAUGCUUUGAAAGGCAUGCUAGCAUACGUAUAAUGCAGUUCUAUUCAAGGUUUUAGCAUUAUUAGACAAAUGGCUAGUGACUUAUGGAUAAUUAGUCGCCAAGUAAGUAAGACCUGUUGAUUGAUGGCGGCCAUGUUUGUCAAACAAUCUUGAUCAAAUUGUACACACGUGCUUGUCAGUCAGCUAAAGGCGUAAGCCAAAUUUCGGGGCGAUUUUAGACCAAUCUAGUCUUGUUUCCGAGUAAAUGCAACCCCUCCUGCUGUGCCUCUUUUUUUCUGGCCCGGCCUUGUGUUUAUUAAUAAACCUAAACAGAUUUGAGGUAGUCAUAGCCACACAUAGCUGCACGCUGACUGGAUGAGUUAGAGCGAGCGAGAGAGAGAGAGACGGGUGGCAGGCUGGGUCUUUAUACCCUGUUUGCCCCCUCCUCCCCACCCCAUGCUCUUUUUACACCCCCCACAUUCUGCUUUGUCAUUUGUGACGGCUUCAUCCACCAACAGCGGAGGUUUGCAGCUGCAAGGCAAACUGCGCUGGAGGGUGUGUUAACAUCCCGGGGCUUUUGGCUCACCGGCGAGCGCUGCUCAACUUGACUCUGAGUGUCAGCGUGUGCCUGGCUGGACCACGUGGGAUGACCACUGUUACACUCAGGGGAUGCAUUAUGAAGUAUACUUAAAAACUUCAAAGGGCAGCAAUGGAGGGCGACGAGUUGAAGCCUCUCUUCAUCCACGAAGAAGACAACAAUGAGGAUCCGGAUAGACCUGACAUGGAUCCCAGAGAGGAGAGCAACCAUUCUGGGUUUACUUUUACAAGCUGUUCAUCGGUGUUCCUUGGGCCAUACUUACAGGAGAUGGAUGACUUACUUAGGAGCUGCGAAGACAUUGCAGGCAUUUCUUUUGAUUCUCACCUCUCUGGGGAGUCGGAAGCGAGUGAGAGGAAAGACAGCGAAUGGGAAACUCCAUAUUUUUCCACAAGCUGCACGGAAACCUCCAUGGAUAAAACAGAACUGUCUCACAGAGGCGUGGAUGUUCCUCUUCAGGCAGACCUGCCUCUCACUUUGGCGGGGAGCCAGCUGAGCGACACCAUGGUGGAGUACGAGGGUCGGCUGUUGGGGAUGUUGGCCAUGCUGGAGAACUGCAUGGAAGAGGUCGGAAGUGACUGUGAGGCCGAUACGAGUCAAGAGUAUGUACAUGUGAAGAAUGGGAGUGAAGGAAACCAC